ACAUUUCUGGAAAGCGAAUAGGAAGUUGUUUUGUUAGGCAGCCUGACAUCAACGGGAGGCAGCAAAAGUAUAAGAAGUGUGGUUUUGGCUAGAGGGAAGAAAGCCAGACGGAUCAGAGAGGACAUGGCUGGCUGCCCAAAAGGUUCCUGGACGCCAAGACUCCGGAGUGUGAUCCUGGGAGGGGCUCAACUCAUCUGGUUCAGUGCUUUGAUCUCUGAGCUUGUAAAUCAGAAGGAAGUGGCUGCGUGGACCUAUAACUACAGCACAAAGGCAUACUCAUGGAAUAACUCACGGGUGUUCUGUAGGAGGCACUUCACAGACUUAGUGGCCAUCCAGAAUAAGAAUGAAAUCGCUCACCUCAAUGACGUCAUCCCAUUCUUCAACUCUUACUACUGGAUUGGUAUCCGAAAGAUCAACAAUAAGUGGACCUGGGUGGGAACAAAUAAGACACUCACGGAGGAGGCUGAGAACUGGGCCGACAACGAGCCCAACAACAAGAAGAACAAUCAGGACUGUGUGGAGAUCUACAUCAAGAGUAACUCGGCCCCUGGCAAGUGGAAUGAUGAACCCUGUUUUAAACGAAAGCGGGCCCUGUGCUACACAGCCUCCUGCCAGGACAUGUCCUGCAGCAACCAAGGGGAGUGCAUCGAGACCAUUGGGAGCUAUACCUGCUCCUGCUACCCAGGCUUCUAUGGGCCAGAGUGUGAAUACGUCAAGGAGUGUGGAAAAGUCAACAUCCCUCAACAUGUUCUCAUGAACUGCAGCCAUCCCCUGGGGGAGUUCUCCUUCAACUCACAGUGCACCUUCAGCUGUGCUGAGGGCUACGAGCUGGACGGACCCGGCGAGCUGCAAUGUUUGGCUUCUGGGAUCUGGACAAAUAACCCCCCGAAGUGUGACGCUGUGCAAUGUCAGAGCCUGGAAGCCCCUCCCCAUGGAACCAUGGCCUGUAUGCACCCAAUUGCUGCCUUUGCCUACGACUCCAGCUGUAAAUUUGAGUGCCAGCCUGGAUAUAGAGCGAGGGGCUCCAACACACUCCACUGCACUGGCUCUGGUCAGUGGAGUGAACCACUGCCAACCUGUGAAGCUAUUGCGUGUGAACCUCCGGAGAUCCCCAUCCAUGGGAGCAUGGACUGCGUCCCAUCUACAGGAACCUUUGGGUACAACAGCAGCUGCACUUUUCUCUGUGCAGAGGGGUUCGUGCUGAAGGGAAAUGAUGCCAUUCAGUGUGCUGACUCCGGGCAGUGGACAGCCCCAGCCCCAUUCUGUGAAGCGUUGCAAUGUCCAGAGUUUCCGGUUCCCAGUAAAGCCCAGGUGAACUGCUCGGAUCCCUUCGGUACCUUGACGUACCAGUCAGUCUGCAGCUUUUCCUGUGAUGAAGGCUCGCUCUUGGUGGGAGCAAGUGUGAUAAGAUGCCUGGCUACUGGACACUGGAAUGGGGCUCCUCCCGAAUGUCAAGCUGUGUCCUGUGCCCCUAUGCUCAGUCCUGAGAAUGGAUCCAUGACCUGCGUUCAGCCUCUUGGGAAUUCCACCUACAAAUCCACAUGCCAGUUCAUGUGCGAUGAAGGAUUUUAUCUAUCUGGACCGGAAAGACUGGAUUGUUCUCCAUCUGGACACUGGACAGGCACCCCUCCCACGUGUGAAGCCAUCAAGUGUCCAGGAAUCUUCGCCCCAGAGCAAGGCAACCUGGAUUGUUCUCAUGUCCACGGAGAGUUUGGUGUUGGCUCUAUCUGUCACUUCUCCUGCAAUGAGGACUUUGAGCUACUGGGAUCUGAAAAUGUGGAAUGCACAGUGUCUGGAAGAUGGUCAGCACCUCCGCCAACCUGCAAAGGCAUAACAUCACUUCCUGCCCCAGCAGUCCGAUGCCCUGCCCUCACGACUCCUGGACAGGGCACAAUGUCCUGCCAACACCACCUGGGAAGCUUUGGUCCGAACACCACUUGUUACUUUGGGUGCAAAACCGGAUUUACACUCAGGGGAGCCAACUCGCUCCGCUGCAGGGCUUCAGGACAAUGGACAGCAGUGACCCCCAUGUGCAGAGCGGUCAAAUGCUCCGAAUUGCACAUGGACACAGCAGUAGCAAUGAACUGUUCCAAUCCCUGGGGAAACUUUAGCUAUGGAUCAACCUGCACCUUCCAGUGCCCAGAGGGGCAGUCACUGAACGGCUCUGUGAGAGCAACCUGCCGAGAGGACGGUCACUGGUCAGAUGCCAUGCCAACCUGCCAAGCAGGGACACUGACAAUCCAGGAAGCUCUGACGUACUUGGGUGGUGCAGUGGCUUCUACAACAGGCCUGGCAGUGGGCGGGACACUCCUGGCUCUGCUAAGAAAGCGUCUCAGAAAGAAAGAUGAUGGAAAAUGCCCCUUGAACCCUCACAGCCACCUAGGAACAUACGGAGUCUUCACUAACGCUGCAUAUGACCCAACCCCUUAAGAAACCCGGUCUGCCAAUGUCUCAUUCGAUUUCUCAGGAUUCCACAUGCAAGUGUCAAGUUUCCUGUCACACUUGACUGUAACUCCAUGGCAUUUGGGCAUUUGCUGAGGUUCUCUGUAGUUUAAAACAAAAAACAAAACAAAACAAAAAAAAGGACAGGAACCUAGAAAAAGAACUAUGCACUUUCCCACCUCUCCACCCACCCCUUCCUGCUCCGCCCCUCACCUUCCUCCAGCUCCGCCCCUUCCUGCUCCGCCCCUCACCUUCCUCCAGCUCCGCCCCUUCCUGCUCCGCCCCUCACCUUCCUCCAGCUCAGCCACAGACCCAGGAGCAAAUGUUUCUGCUCUGGUCUGUGGCUUGUUGUUACUUUGCUGUUGCUGAAAACGGGAGAGUCCAAGGCCCUGGAGCAUCUUCCUCACCAGGUGACCAGGCUCUGGAAAACCGAAGGUCUUUCUCUUGGGAUUGCAGAGUAGCAAUGUUGGUGGGCAGGCAGACCUCUAGUUUAAGGGGAUGCCUGCUUUAAGAUCUCCUGGGUCUUCCAUGUUUCAUAUCAAUGAGGUUGUUUACACCUCUGCUGCUGAGACUUUCACAGAAACCUCCAGAUGGUACUAGGGGACACAGAAGAUCUGGAACAGAGCCAAGACGUCACAUCUGACUGCAGACUUUCCCUCCACCAAAGCACCCAAAGAUCAUUGUUUGGAUGUAUAAAUAACUCAACUUCCCCAAAUGUCAAGCUCUUUGUGUUUUGUUCAAUAAGUUCUGUGUAUAGCACUUUGUCUACCACCAAUGUGGUCACAGUUACAACCCUCUAAAUGACAGCUGGACCUUCCAGUGAAAGCACAAAUGUAUGUCGUAUAUCCCCUGACCACAGAGGAAAAAAACAAAAACAAAAGUCAGAGGAGCAGAAAAAGGUCCUCUUUGCAAUUACUGUUCUGCAGGAAAGAACAGAUAUUGUUUUAUAUGUAAUUUAAUGCACAUAUUUAAUAAAUAAGUCACUGAAAAUUACAU